ACAAGGUGAUUUUCAUUUUUAAUUAUCAAUCUUGUAUGCGCACAUCUUUUGAAAAUAAAAUACAAGAAUAAAAUAAUAAUAAUAAUAAAAAUUGCCCAUAUGGAGGCGCUAAAAUGGCGCUUUGAGCAGCCAGGUGCUUGGUGUCACACUCUAAACGACCCCCCUGCAUUUCUCCCCGCUAUAAAGAGUUCCUAUUCGCCGUCAACAUGUCGGGCAGUAAGAAACCUCGCUCGGUGGCCAACACUUUGGAAACAGCCAUAACUACACCGAGCGAGAGAAUUCUCCAAGAAUGUCACACUCUGUACAUCGACACCGAAAACGGCCUUGUAAAAAUAGCCUCCAGGCUCGGCCUGAGAUUACUACCCCCUCGAAAGAAGAUAAUAGUGAUGAUUAUGGGUAAUCACUCUGCUGGGAAAAGCUCCUUUAUUAACUGGUAUGUCGAGGAGCACAUUCAGAAAACAGGUGUUGCCAUAGAAACGCAAGGGUUCACGUUCAUCACCAGUGGAAGGAAACGAGAAUCUCUAACCGGCAAUGCCACACUGCAUCUUUACCCACAUUUCCGACCGCUCCUGGAGUUUAAAGGACUCAUGGAUUACCUGUCUGCUGAAAUCUCCACCUCAAAGCAAAAGAAGUUCAGCCUGGUGACGUUUGUAGACACGCCCGGGCUGGUGGACGGAGACAUGGUGUAUCCCUUCGACGUCAACGCCGCCAUCACGUCUUUUGGCGAGCAGGCGGAUCUGAUCUUCGUGUUUUUCGACCCGAUGGGCCAGGCGCUGUGUAAGCGAACGCUCAACAUCGUGGAGAAGCUGAGUGAGAAAUCCGGAGACAAAUUACGCUUCUACCUCAGUAAAGCUGACGAGGCAGGACGUGAGACAGACAGACAGAGAGUAAUGAUGCAGAUAGUUCAAGAGCUGUGCCGCAGACCAGGACUCAACAAAUGCGGCUUUGAAAUGCCGACCAUAUACAUCCCCAAUCCGCAGAGACUGAGCAGGUGCGUGAAUCAGAUCGACGAGGUGUGCGAGACAAUAGAGAAGAGUAUUAACCAGGCAGUGCAGAAGACCUUGGACCAGCUGGAGAAAGACUGUGACCUCGUCGCCUCCUCCAUCAGCAAUAAGCUAGAGCAGGACAGGAGAAACGUGAGUAAUAAUAAGAACAGCCGCUUUAACUCCUUCCUCUGCGGGGUUCUGGCCAUCUUCCUUCCCGCUGUCUUCGUCAUCAGCUUUCUCAUCAAUACAUUUGUCCCGGAGGAGCUGGGAACCCUGGUGGGGGAUGGGCUCGCCGUAACGCUCUACAGAACUUCGGGAAUAGUGCUGUAUCUGUGGGAAUGGAUCCCUGAAGACGGCCAGGUGGUGGCCGUGAUCAUCUUCGGCGCAACGUGCUACUUUUUCCUCUUCCUCGCCAGGUAUUUCGCACGCCAGAGCAGUAAAACUCUCACCAAGAAAGAGAAGAAGAAUCUGAUGGAGUGCAGUGAAUAUGUUAAGGAUGUCCUCAAAGCUAAAAAGAAGAAACUCUACGAAGAAUAUUUGAAGCAGUGUGCAGCCGAAUGCGACUUCAACUGAACACGUACAAAGCAAUGUGGACGACUCAUGAACAACGGGAAUUUCAUAGCAGGAAAAUGUAGCAAGCACACCUUCAGGUUCAGUCUUAUGACCGUUCACUAUAAGCGCAUAUUUAUUAUGUGUGGAAUAUCUGUCGUUCUUACAUGUUGUGUAGGGGUCAGUUGGAUGUACUCCAGCUUCAUAAGUGAUCAAAAAAAUCCUCAGUGCCUUUUUUUUUGUUUGUUUAACGUGAGCGAAUGAUCUCGAGAACUUAACACCAGCCUGUAUGUAUGUUUCCUGUGUAUCUAUUUAAUUCAGCCAGCACAUAGUAUUGUUUACAAUAAGUCAAUAAGCUGCACUGAUUCAGUGACUCAAAGUUUCCGUGUAUAUUUAGAGCCGGAUCGCGACGUAAGUAGGCUUGAAAAGCUGAUGUGUCCGUGUGAACAUGUUCCUGAAGACAGGAUUUGCUUUUUCAGCCACGUAAAUGAUCAACUGUGACUUCGACUUCAGACUUGCUACUCAUUUUUAUUUUUUAUUUCUUUUUUUUUUAGAAAUUGUGAAAAUUUACAUCCCAUCAGCCAUAACGUUAAAACCACCUGCCUAUAAUAUUGUGUCGGUCCAAAACAGCUUGUGCAACCAAAACAGGUCUGACUGGUCAAGGUAUGGCCUCCACAAGACCUCUGAAGGUGUGCUGUGGUAUCUGGCACCAAGUCGCUAGCAGCAGAUCCUUUAAGUCCUCCGUGGAUCGGACUUGUUUGUCCAGCACAUCCCACAGACGCUCGAUCGGAUCGAGAUCUGGGGAAUUUGGAGGCCGAGUCAACACUUUAAACUUUGUCAUGUUCCUCAAACCGUUCCUGAACCAUUGUUGCAUUUUGGCAGGGCGCGUCAUCCUGCUGAAAGAGACCACUGUGAUUAGGGAAUACGCUGCCGUGAAGGCGGGUACUUGGUUUGCAGCAGUGUUUAGUUAGGUAGUACGUGUCAAAAUAACCACUCAUCCACAUGAAUGCCAGGACCCAGUCGUCUCGCCAUCACAAUUUGGCCCUCGGAUCAGAUCCUUAUGCUCGACCUGCUUCCAACACAUCAACUUCAAGAACUGAUUGUUCACUUGGUGCCUAAUAUAGCCCACUCUUUGACGAGAUAGUCAAUCUUAUUCGCCUCACCCGUCAGUGGUUUUAAUGUUAUGGCUGGUGUAUGUGUGUCAGGGUUUUCCUAUAUUAUGCUGUGAUCUUGAUCUUAAAGCAAAAUCCAAGUCGUUUUACUUUGCUUGUGUAAGAAUAUUAUAGGAAAUUCUGUAUUUUCUAUCAUAUGUAUCGGUGUCUAACGAUAGAAUAGCGAUUGAAGAAAAUGAUUAUGUUCUGAUCAUCAGUCCGUGUGAUCCAGGCUCAUUCAGAAAGCGGGCUCAUAUAAAUAGACACAUCAGUCAGAGUGAGCUUGGCGUAAUAAGGAUGUUUAUUUCUGUUUAUUAGCAUGCUUCAUUUGCGUUUCGCCAUUGCUACUGGUUUAUUUUUGUAGCCAUCUUGUGAGUGGAGUAAUCCUAUGCCGUCCUCUUAUUGGUGGUUUUUAGAUGAGCGUCAUAACAGCACUCACAAUCACACGCAGAUUUGAAUUGCAAAUUUAUGACACUUGCAGAACUUGGUCGUUGAGUGCCUUUGGUCCCAGUGGCGCUAAACCGACCACCUCAUGAGCCAAGAAUAAUUCUUUUUAUCUGUCUGUGACAGCAAAACCAGGACGAAAAACACACGGUGUUAAAAAAAAAAAAAAGCACAAUUUAUAAAAACACACCGUUUUUGUCUGUAGUUAUAGUGUUAAUCCUUGUAUCAUGACUUCAUGGAUUUUGGGGUUUAUUUAGUCCCCUUGCACUGCUGAUUUCAGAGUUUCCUGCUCGUUAUAUUUAAGGAUGUCCCAUUCCACCAUUUGUUGUUUUUUAAAAAAACUUUUUAUAUGAUACCAAUAUCAGAACUCAGAACCAGUAUCAGAACCCACACCGAUGCCAAUCCAAUCCCGACGUCCUUUAGUAAGGAAGCAGACUAAUUUAAGAGAAACCUUCGAGGUGUGACUUUAAACUUAACCCUGUGUCCUGUGUAUGUGCCGUAUCGGUAUGGUAUCACAGCAUCGUACUAAACCAGUAGGUUUCCAGAACUAUAGCACAAAGGCGUCAUACAUUCAUCAUUAGCUUUAUACGGCUUUACGUAUAAACAACAUGACACAUAAUUGUUCACGUAAUGACAUGAAGAAGCGAGAAGUGAGGCUGGGGCUGAUUUCUUUCUAGCCCAGACUGUAGAUUUAUACAGUCUAUCGGUGAUGGCCGUAUCGGGUGAUUACACGGCGUGGAACAUCUCUUAGAUUUGAUCUGCACCUGGGCUUGAUUAAUGCAGCCUGGCACAUCGGCACACAUCACGGGUCUUAUCGCCAAUGGACCGACUCUAAAACUCCACUUCAGUAUUGGUCCUCAUUAUCAGUGCAGUGCAGUGGGACUAAAUCAGCAAAACUGAUCUGUUAUCAACUCAUUCAUUUACAUUAGUCACGAUUUUCUCAAUAAUAAAGAAAAAGCAAUUUAAGACUGUUUUUAUUAGGCUCACAAAUCAAAUAACAUCGUCACCAAAUAAGCUGUUAAGUGUAGUGUUUAUCGUUGGCUAGUGUUUUAGGUAUUCAAUCAUUUUUUCCUGAGCAGCUGUCAACUUUGUGAAAAUGCAGUUUUCUAGACGCAUUUUCAAAUCCUCCCUCCUUUUAUAACGGUGCUGUCUAAUUUAUUAAACGCCUCCUAGAGGCGAAUCGUUCUUGUGCGUUCGUAAGUUUUAUACUUGCUUCAUUUCGAAAUAAUUAAAACCUCAUUUUAGGUGAAAAAUGUCUUUCGUACUGAACCGACAAAGCUCUGCUCCAUUAUUGUGACUCUUUUGUCUUUUGUAUUGUAACUGCUGAUGAAGUAAAUCAUUUAAAAACGAAUAUUACCCUGGUUGUGUUGUUGAAUCUUUUGGCUUAAUUAAUGGCCACUUAUGCAGUGUUCAAUCACUCAGAUGUUAACUGUUUUUAAUGAAUUAAAUGAAUGAUGUGACAUGCUAAAGUGUCCAGUUAUUGUUUUGUAUUACUACACAUCCCGCAGUGCAUUAUAUCUCUCACACCAUGGCAGCUUGCCAAAAAUUCGAGACUUUUCUUUGUUUACGAACCACACAUCAUUUUUGUAAUUAUAUUUAAGGGAGUGGAACAUCUGUGAAACAAGCCAUCACAUUAUAUCAGCUAUAAACAUUAAGAUCUCUCCCUAGCCUUUCUGUCUCUCUCUUGACUGGAGAUGAGUGAUACCACUGAUUUGUCUUAUGCAUUGUGAAUAUCAAGAAUUAUAUGUGGUAUAAAUAAUUUGAGACUGUUUGAAAUUGUUUCUUGAUUAGUUAUAGAAAUAAGCAAUAUACGUCACUGACAGUUAGGGUUGCCACCUCAGUGUGAUCAAAUUCCUAGGGACUUUUCAAAUGUAUUUUGGUAAACUGUAUAAUACUAC